GAUCCGAUCUGAGACUAUCGGUGAUCUGCAGACAAGCGAUGAUGCGGGAUUUAGCGUUCGUAGUUUUCCUCGCUAUGGUGAUUGGAACGGCGAUAUCGAAACCGUUAUGGUCGACUAUAAUCAAUAAUAAUGAUGUAUAUUCCCCACCGGAAAUUAACGCACAGUAUCUCGCUGCGUACCAAGAUACGCGUUCUCCCUACUAUGUUUACAAUAUCUAUACAAACGGAGGUAUACCAAAUACUAUUCAUGCCAGCAGUAAACCAGGAGUUUCUUACGUUCCUGCUUACAAUUUCUAUUACGGAACACCGAUUUACGAUCUUCGGAUUCCACUAAAUCCGAUUUAUCCCGUGCUAACACCAUCGCAUCCAGGAGUGCUUCCUCCAGCAUUUCCACCAACGUCUACGCAGCAACCUUCCAAUGAUGAUGAUUACGACGGCAUCGAGAAAUUAGAUACACAAGUCGAUCCAGCCACAGAAACAAAGAAACCGGAAAACGACCAGGAUGAUUCCAUAACUGUGGAAGCGAUAUGAGAUUAUUUUGCUCGUCACGUACAUAGCAUAUACGUGGAAGGAAUAAAGGUUUAAUUAUUGAACGAUA